AUGGCGUCGCCGGUGCCUCAGAGUCAAGCCUCUAUGCUUGCAACGAUAACAACAGAUCUGGACAAGAUAGCGCCCCGAUUUGAGAUCCAGCCAGAUCAGAUUGAGAUUAUUCAGACGCCCGCCGAGUUUUAUCAAACGUUAAAGGACAAAAUAUCAAAAGCUCAACAUCGCAUUUACCUAUCAACCCUCUACAUUGGAAAAACCGAACACGAACUAAUCUCCACAAUCCGGGAUGCUCUUCAACGUAAUCCAGACCUCAAGGUGUCUUUUCUCACUGACGCUCUCCGUGGAACCAGAGAAACACCAAACCCUUCAACCGCUUCUCUUAUGACACCUCUUAUUUCAGAAUUUGGACCAGAUCGCGUAGAAGUUCGCAUGUACCAUACACCCAAUCUAACCGGUCUCCGAAAGAAAUACAUUCCUAAACGCAUCAACGAAGGCUGGGGUUUGCAACAUAUGAAGUUGUAUGGUGUCGAUGACGAGAUCAUCAUGUCUGGAGCAAAUCUGAGUGAAGACUACUUCACGAAUCGACAGGAUCGGUAUCACCUAUUCCGAUCGAAAGAUUUGACAGACUACUUCAAAAGGAUACAUGAUGGUGUUGCAAAAUUGAGUUUCGACAUUCAGCCCAGUACUCAAGAAGGAAGUGGAGGCUACACCAUGUCCUGGCCAACAACAAACGCCGCACCCUCACCCUUGGACUCACCAUCAAACUACAGAUCCGCUGCAGAGAAACACCUCGCCCACUUGCUCGUCCCGUCAAACUCUCCCUCCGCCCUCCCGUCAUCAUCGACCUCAAAAACAACAAUCUACCCCAUUCUGUCCCUUGUCCCCCUUCUCCCAUCCUCAACGGAGUUACCCGCCCUGACCAAAAUUCUAACACAUCUCACUACUCCUCCCCUCCAAAAGUCCUCCUGGACCUUCACAGCCGGCUACUUCAACAUGACACCCUCGUUCCGCCGUCUCCUUCUGUCCACUCGCCCCUCCUCCGGCACUGUGCUGACCGCGCACCCCCACGCGAAUGGUUUCUACGGCUCAAAAGGCGUAAGUGGCAUGUUGCCAGGCGCAUACACACAUCUCGCAAAAUCUUUUCUUCGAAAAGUCAAGCACGAGGGUUUAGCCAACAGUAUCAUCCUGAAAGAGUGGAAGAAAGGUAUGGUCGGACAGGAAGGCGGGUGGACGUAUCAUGCCAAGGGCUUGUGGGUUACUUUUCCUUCUUCCUCUUCUUCGGAGGUGGAGAAGGAAGACCCUAGUUUGACGGUUAUUGGGAGUAGCAACUAUACCAAACGCUCUUAUGAGCUUGAUUUGGAGGCCAAUGUUGUUAUUGCUACGUCGGAUCCCGAGUUGAGAAGGAGAUUGGGUGAGGAAGUCAAGUGGUUGGGUGAACAUGCGAAGCAAGUCAAUGAGCAAGAGUUUGAGAAGCCGGAGAGGAAGGUUGGGAUGAAUGUUCGAAUGGCCAUGUGGGCUGUUAGGGUGUUGGGUGGGGCGCUGUGA